GAAGGAAUAUGGUUUCAUCUGACGCUCCUCCCGUUUCAGCGCUGCUGUAGCGGAUCUAUAGUACGAGCAGUGUGGCUGGGGCUCGGUCCGGCACAAACCUCACACAACCACCUUUCCCGUUACCAUCCAGCCUGCAGGAGCACUACCAACACACCGGGACACAUAAAUGGUGGAGGCCGUGGUGGAGUUCGACUAUGAGGCUCAGCAGGACGAUGAGUUGAGCCUGACGGUGGGCGACAUCAUCGUGAACAUACGGCGGGACGAUGGAGGAUGGUGGGAGGGCGAGCUGGGCGGACGCAGGGGCCUGUUCCCGGAUAACUUUGUCAGAGAGAUAAAGAAAGAGGCAAAGAGGGAUGGAGGGCAAGUGAGCAUGAUCAGAUCGGACCUUUCUAAUGGGAGGGCCAGCCCCGUGUCCGACCCUGGUGUUCGACCGGGCAGGAAAGUAGAGCAAAUCCGUAAGCGGAGGUGUAAAGCGGCGUUCAGCUAUGUGCCUCAGCAUGAAGACGAGCUGGAGUUGAAAAUAGGAGACAUCAUUGAGAUCAUAGCAGAGGUAGAGGAAGGCUGGUGGGAGGGAUUUCUAAAUGGGAAGACCGGAAUGUUUCCCUCCAAUUUCACCAAAGUGAUCCUGGCGGAGUCGGAGACGCCCUCCUUAGACACCUCGCAGGAGGAGCUGCGAAGUACCCGCACCAGUAAAGACAGCCCAGGCAGUGAGAGUGAUGGAGGUGACAGUCGGUCAGAAACGGGGUCAGCAGGAGAAAUCCAGCCCAAGAAGGUCAGAGGUUUUGGCUUUGGUGACAUCUUCAAAGACCAGCCCAUCAAGCUCCGACCACGCUCUAUGGAAGUGGAUCCAGAGGGGGACAAGAUCAACGAGGGGAAAGCAGCGAGUGUUGCAGCGGAAACCAUGAAGACCGAACCUGACGGCAAAGCCAAAGGGCGGGAGUUAUGUAAAGUCCUCUUUCCGUAUGAAGCACAAAACGAAGAUGAGCUGUCACUCAAAGAGGGCGAAAUCAUCAACAUUAUCACCAAGGAGUGUGCUGAUGCCGGCUGGUGGAAGGGGGAGAUCGGAGGAAGGCAAGGUGUCUUCCCAGAUAACUUUGUCAAGCUGCUAGAAGUGGAAAAAGAGAGACCAAAGAAACCGCCGCCUCCCAGUGCACCUUCAGCUAAACACACCACAGAGAAAAAGUCGGAGGUUAAGAAGGUUCCUCCUGAGAGACCUGAACAUCUGCCACAGAGAGACCAGGAUCGAGGUGAAGAUGUGAAGGUUGGAGACAUCCCCAAGCCCUCCAUCCCAUCUAGCCUUCCCAAGAAACCCCUCCCCCCAAAGACAAGCACCUCCUCUUCCUCCCUUCCCCCGCGGCGUCCUGAGAGGCCGCCCACUCUAGCGUGUGAAAGCCCCAAGUCUGAGGGCGGGGCUUCGACACCCGAUUCUGCCCCUGACAGGUCACAUGAUGCUGACGUGGACCUGGACGCGGUCGUGGCGUCGACAGAGAAGCUGAAUCAUCCCACUGCGUCCAGGCCGAGAGUCACAGACCGCCGGCCUCGCUCACAGAUCAUCUCCGCAUCUUCCCUGUCCAGUAUGGAUCUGGACUCUGUAGUGGAGGACAGGAAGGAGAAGGACAGAGGGAAGGAGGAGCCAGAGUCUGUCCCCUCAAGGCCUAUAGAAGUUACCCUGAGGAAAGGAAUCCCCUCCAUCCCUGGUGCUGACAGUAAAGCACCCCUUCCCACCAAGCCCUCUGUCCUGACCCCGCCAAGCGCCAGCCAUCGCCCCGCAUCCCCGUCUUCCUCCUCGGGUCUGAGCCCUUCCCCCGAGCUGCGGCAUUCACCUCUGACCCCCCCGACGCUGGAGGAACUCAGGAACCAGCUGAGAGACCUGAGAACCUCCGUAGAACUGCUGAAGAGCCAGCACAGGCAGGAGAUGAAGCAGUUGACCAGCGUGCUGGAUGACGAGAAGAAGAUUCGUAUUAGUUUACAGAUGGAAGUAGAGCACAUAAAGAAGAGCCUGUCGAAAUGAAGACUAAAGCACCAUCUUAUCGCCACAACGGAGGCCAGCGUUUGAAAACAUUCUCACUGUUGACCGAGACACUUCCGCCAAAACAAAGUUUGUGCCAAAUGAUCAUCACGAUCAACAUCAGCGACAACACAGUACCAUGGAAUCAGCCACCUCCCCCCCUCUGACGCCGCCUUAUCCUGCGUUUACGUCUUUAUUUUUCUUUUAAAGAGGCUUCUCUUUUGUUAAGUUUACUGCUAUCUUGUCGAAGCUUGCCGUACUGGACUGGCUGCGACGACCUCGCUGGUACUUUUUGUUUUUAAAAGUGUGAAGGAAAACUUGGAACUCGACCUCCGUAGCCCGGUUGGUUCAGACAACCUCUGUGCUGGUCCGUGUCCACUUCGCGGCCUUUUGCCUCUUAUAUGUGAGUGUGUGUGCGAGUGUUUUUGUUCUCCAUCCAUGUGAGGAACGAGUCAGGUUGGGGAACUUUUUGAGGUUGUUUUGACCGGAUCAUGACUUCUUCAACAGGCAGGGUAAAGGUUAGCAUCUGGGUUGAUGAAAGCCUAUACUUUAAGGCACAUUAUUAGCAGUAGGGUUACAUUGUUUGACACUCUGAGCUGGAUGUUUCUAUGGUACACUGCAGGCGGACGAUUCUUGAAGCAUCAUCAGCAUUUUUUCUUCUUCCUGUCAUAGUUUAUUAAUUUGCAGUCAAAUAUUCAACGUAAUGGGAGGCGAAAAUUAUCAGCACGUCAUGAUUCUUCCCCCUAAAUCUAAACAUGAUAAGAACUGAUACUAUAGGUGCUAUUGAAAAGGAAUAGUUGGACAUUUUGGAAAAUGCGUUUAUUUGUAGAGAUUUUUUCUUGCAUUCAAAGCUUCUGUUGAGGUUUUUGAAUGCAGCUUUGACUUUCUGUUUUCAUAUUUAAUGACAUAAGCACCCUUAAAAAAAUCCUGAAACAAAAUCCUCAAUUUAAAUGAAAUAAUUAAACUAAUUAAAAACGUUUUACGUUUUUCUAUUAGUGAAUAAAUGUAAUUUAUGGUGCUCUCAGAUGCAAACGGGUGAGCAAACAGUUUGACGGUAUUGAAAAUGUUGUUUCACAAAGCCAAAAUGCCAACAAAUGUGAAUUAAAGCACAAAAGUUU